AUGGUUACACACGCAGACCCAAAGAAUGGAUACUAUGCCGGCAGAUUUGGUGCUUUAGGCUGUCCCACCCCUCAACGAGGAAUCGCCGCAUACAGCAUCUCCCCAAACCGUCAGGACCCUCUGGCCGGCACAUUCAACGCUGCAAUUUUCAAUACUUUCCGCCGUUUCCGCCAUCAAGUUCUUUACUUUGCGCCGCCGUUUAUCGUUGCGUAUGCGGCGAUGAAUUGGGCUGUUGAAAAAAAUGAGUACCUGAACUCAAAGCCCGGUCGAUUCGUUGAUGGUGGGGAGGAGUAG